CUCCGGCGAGUGGUUGCGUGCGUGACGCCAAUUAUUGCACACGCUUUUUCAUCAUGCCGAAGGACGACAUUCAAAACGGUAAACUUGUGGAAGCCGUUCAGAAGUAUCCUUUUAUAUACAAUUUCAACUUGGACGAUUAUUGCAACAGAGAUAAGGUUAAUGACGCCUGGGAACGUGUCGCAAGCGAAGUCGGAGGAACGGUGAAGUUCUGCAAAGAAACAUGGAGGAAUUUAAGGACAGUAUUCGCUCGCAACUUAAAGAAACCUCACGAUUCCAGUUCGAACAGGAAGAAAUAUUACCUAUUCGAAAAAUUGCAAUUUUUGAAACCGUAUCUGAAAGUAAAACAGGAACAACUAUUCUUGCAAUCAUCUAAUACUCUUGACGAAUUCGAACCGGAAGUCGAUCAAUCUGCCUCGUCCAUCAAUGCGGUAUCGAGCAUGUUUCUGACGACAUCCCCCAAGCUUGAAGUGUACGACUCUGAAGGUGAGCAGUUCACUAUAAUGAUGGGAGACUCUAGAACGGAGGAUUCCUCCGACAUGGUGUUCCGGCUAUCCGCAAAGGACGAGGAAUACGAGUCAGAAGAAGAACCACCUUCGAUGGCGAUGGAUGAAGAUCGUAACCACGAGGAUAGGAACCUAGCCUGCGAAUCUGGAGACGAGACCGAGCGUGGAAAUACUGUUCACAACGAACUCGAACCUAAUAGGAGAGAGCAGCAGUUUACAGAAAAUGCGUCACGGCCAGAAGUUAGAAAACGUAUGGAUUCGUAUUCAAUACAAAAAUCCAUUGAACCUCCGAAGAAGAAACGGAAGAUUUAUAAACCAGAGCAGCGGGCGAUGAACUGUAUUAAGUUGAUAGAGCGAGGACGCGAGAAUUACAGGCGACAUUUUUUGUUAAGUCUGUUACCGGAUUUGGAAGAAAUGAAUAUGGGCCAAUUUCGAGUAUUUAGACAAAGAGUGUGUCAAUUAAUAGAUGCAAUUGUCGAACCGCAUACUGAAAUUUCCCAAGCCAAAGACGCAACGCCAUCUGGAGUAUAACUGCAUAGUGCUUCUUACAUUAGGUACGUUGUAAAAUUGUUUAGCGAUAA